GCAUUGGGCCCCCAGGCGGGGCGACAGGCAUCGGGCCCCCAGGCGGGGCAACAGGCAUCGGGCCCCCAGGCGGGGCAACAGGCAUCGGGCCCCAGGCGGGGCAACGGGCGCCGGACCCCCAGGCGGAGCAACAGGUCUCGGGCCCUCAGGCGGAGCGGCGGGCGCCGGACCCCCAGAUGGAGCGACAGGUCUCGGGCCCUCAGGCAGAGCGGCGGGCGCCGGACCCCCAGGUGGAGCGACAGGUCUCGGGCCCUCAGGCGGAGCGGCGGGCGCCGGACCCCCAGGUGGAGCGACAGGUCUCGGGCCCUCAGGCGGAGCGGCGGGCGCCGGACCCCCAGGCGGAGCGACAGGUCUCGGGCCCUCAGGCGGAGCGGCGGGCGCCGGACCCCCAGGCGUAGCGACAGGUCUCGGGCCCUCAGGCGGAGCGGCGGGCGCCGGACCCCCAGGCGGAGCGACAGGUCUCGGGCCCUCAGGCGGAGCGGCGGGCGCCGGAUCAGGUACCGGAUCAUCUGGAUCAACAGCGGGCAUCGAGUCAACUGGCCUAAUAGGAUCGCCAGGCUGGAUCAGUUCAUCAUGCUGGGUAGAGGCAUCAGGCUGAAUGCCGGCGUCCGGCUGAGUAGAGGCUUCAGGCUGAGUAGAGGCUUCAGGCCGAGUAGAGGCUUCAGG